AUGCAACAGACAAACAUCUUUAGCUAGAGCUCUCUCUAUAUUCCUGAAUUAUCGGAACCAAUCACAUUUUUAGACUUUUCUAAAGAGCCAUGUUUAGAUCAAUCAAAUAUCGCUACUUAUAGAAAAUAAGGGGAGCUUGGAAGAUUUAAUUAGGGCUAGAAAAAGAAUCCAUAUCGAUCAAGUUGGGCUAAUACAAUAUUACACAAACACUAUAAUAUUGAUAUACUUGAAAAGGGGAGUAAAAUUAUAAUAAAAAAAUUACCUGGCACAGAAAGUAACUCUCAAACUUUAAUAAAUCAUUUACCAGCAAUAAAAACGCCACAAUAGAGAGUCAAAAAAGAAUUAAUUUCUAGUAUCGCUCAAUAUGCUAAAAACAAUUUAGAAAAAUUCUUUAAAGAAAAAAGAAAAUAUCAUAUAUCUACAUCAACAGAGAACAAUAGUUAUAAUAUGCACAAUUCAUCAUGUAAGUAAACAGAAAUGAAUGAUGCAGUCUUGGUAAUUCAAGUAAAUAGUUAAGAUAGGUUAAUGCCAAUUUUUGAUGUAAAUUUUAAAAAAAAUCUAUUAUAAUACAAUAUGUGA